AUGCUACUUGAAUUUGUUUUGUUACAGGAAGCUUUCUGUGGUGGCACCUUGGUAUCGCUACGAUGGGUGGUGACGGCUGCGCAUUGCGUUCGGAAGCGUCUAUAUGUUCGCUUGGGUGAACACGACCUGCUCCUACGGAACCAUGGCGAGAUGGAGAUGAAGGUCACGGAGGCCGUCAUACAUCCCCGCUAUGACCCCGACACGGUCGUCAACGACGUCGCUAUGCUACGGUUGCCUAUACCAGGGCGACCAGAUUUGGGUCACGGAGUGGCGUGCCUGCCCGCACCUCUUCAGCCCUUACCCCCUCACACAUCGUGUGUUAUAUUAGGCUGGGGUAAGAAGAGGCCUACUGAUAUACACGGAACCAGAGUACUACAUGAAGCACAGGUGUCGACAAUACAACAGGGUGUAUGUCGUCGUUCUUACUGGCAGUACGCUAUAACUGAUAACAUGGUGUGCGCAGGCCGGGGGCGCAGAGACUCUUGUGCGGGAGAUUCAGGAGGACCUUUGCUUUGCAAGGACCGUAACAUGAGAUAUUACUUACAGGGAAUCACCAGCUUUGGAGAUGGCUGUGGGAAACGUGGCAAGUAUGGCAUUUACACACGUACUGCGGGCUACGUAACCUGGAUGCGUGACGUCAUGAACAACAAGUAUUUUGAUUAA